AUGGAUGUAAAAGGUAUAGAUCAAAAAGACAAUAAAUUAAUAAUAGAAUUUUCUCCAGUGAAAAUGAUUUGGUUGGAUAGUGGCUUAUACCAUAAAGGCUUUAUGGUUAAAGACUUGAGACCAUACUGCUCGAAAAAUUCACCCAUGGAAUGUAUUUUGGAUAAUGUUCCAGAUUGUGAUAUGGUUUCACUCUAUGGUUUUAAUGGUAUUGGAUCGAUUAAUAUAAAUUUAACCUUUGCUUUUAAUUGUAAUGCAAAUGUUGUUGUUGGUAAUAAUGAAAAGAUUGGCGAUUCAAACUCUCAUACGAUUGAGACUGUGCCAUUAUCGACGACGACGACAACAUUUACUGAAACGACACCAACGAUAAUGCCAAUAGAACAUGACGAUCGAUAUGAUGCAACAUCUCCUACCACCACUGACUAUCCAUUAUUAUCAGACGGAAAUGCUGAUUCUGAUGGUCAUGGCCAUGACCAUGAUGAUGGACAUGGACCUAUAUUUGGAUCAUCUUCAUUGAUUUCUCCAACUCUUUAUCAACCUCUACUAUUCUUAUUAUUGAUCUGUCGUCAUUUGAUCAGUCGUUUUUAA